GUUCUUCAAAAUCAAACGGAUCUAUCAUAGUCUUUAAAACAAUCUAGUAUUCCGUUGCUUUUCAUGAUAAAGACGUUUCUCGAAUUUUCCCGUUUCAAGUCACAUUAAUUUUAGGCGGACAACGAUGGCAGAGGAUCCUCAAGAUGCUGAGAAGAAGAUCAAGAAAAAAAAGAUUGCCAUCAAAGAACCGUCAAGUCCUGGUAAACGAAGGAUUACGAAGCGCCAAUCGAUUUUCCCUGAGUUUCUUGAUAAUGCGAACAUACGACUAACUGCAAGCAGCAUUGAUGCACGUUCAUCAGGAGCACCAUUGUAUAGGAACCUAUUGACAUCGGGAUUUCCGUCGAUAGCUUCCCGGCGGUGGACUAGUCAGCGAAGUACAAUGUAUCUUACGCCACGUUUCCAAAACACCUACCGACUAGAGUCACGGUACCCAUUCAGACGAGGCGAAGUCGAAGCGGUUGUCAAUCGCUAUCUCGGGUCGUUCUUGCAUAGCUACCAUUACAUUCCGAAACGGGCUAAGCGACUGGCAGAAAAUUUGAGCAUUGAUCUGAAGAACACCAUCAAACGGUGCCACUUCGAAAGGUACCGAAUCGUUACAUGGGUGACCGUUGGGGAUAAAUUUCAUCAGGAUUUCAAGGCAUCCAUGCGCUUCCUGUGGGACGCCGACAAGGAUGGAUACGUUGAUUUUGCAUUUGAUGGCCCAAACUUCUUCGUUGUUGCCCUCAUAUGUGCCGUAUACUACGAAUGA